UUCAAGACUACACGUGAUGUUGAAGGGCAGCUGUAUCCGCUUCGCUUUGCAUGCAUCCACCUUGUUCCUCAUUCACUGUUCUCGUUUUAGCAUGAGCUCACCACAGCUGCUCGAGACUAUCCUAUAUGAUCCCAAAGGGCAUGUUCCUCUUGGACUACCAUUGCGAGCGCAUGAUAAACUCUGCAAAGACCUUGGCGGUGUUUUUUGCUAACGACCAGGAGCUAUUUCUACGGGAGCUUAUCCCUACCCCUUCCGAGAUAUCCAAUAAACUGGACGUGGCUAUCAGGAACGCGGGAAAGGACACACGGCAGAGGUUGCGGGUACUGCUCGACUUUGACGGGGCAAUUACGAUCCAGUCAAGCCACCUGCCUUCAGAGACCAAGGACUUUUCUGAUGCUUCAAUUGUCGUGGUUCUGGACAAGGAGCCAACCCCAAAAGACAAUAUAUUUUUGUACCACAAGACCACUGAACGCGAAGUCUACAAUGAGGCACGGCAGCGCCUAGGUCUAGGGCCGAUAACGGCCCCCAAGAACUCAGACAAGCCAUUUGAUGUGAUCUUGUAUAACCUCGACGAAGAGAUCAUGGAGACCACCAUUGCGAAUAUCGCGAUCGAAGUGAAGAACCCCGACUCAGGAGAACUGGAAUGGGUUACACCGCCUGUGUCUUCGGGAUUGCUGUGCGGGACGAUGCGGCGUAAACUAUUGGAGGAGGGGAAGCUUAAAGAGAGGGUCAUUACGGUGGACGACCUCAAGAACGCAGCAUUGGAGAACAGAAGGAUAAAGUGCUUCAAUUCUGUCCGGAAAGAGUAUCUGGUUACGCUGUGGAUUUAAACACUCCAAUCAAUACAAGUUUGUAAUACCUAUGUAUAUGAGCGAUCAUCUCAAAUAACUCCAUGCAGUGAAGGCGCGCCCAAUUCACGUUUAUUGUCCUCGGAACGAACAUCUAACCCAUGCUCGCUUUGCUAGCCGUUCUGGGUAUCCUGAUUUCCUCAUGCGUCAUGACUGUGUUGCGUUUCCAUGAUAUGGUUUUCGCUUGUUAUUCAUAAAGAAAGACGACAAGACCGACGGCACCCAGGAGCGCAUAUUUGAGCAUUGGGUAGUCCGUCAUGAAGAUGGUGAACAUGCCGAGAUAAGGCAAGAACCCUUGCACGCGACCCACAAUGUCCUUGGGUUCGAUCCACAUCAUGCCCCUGUUUGUAUGGAAUUCCUGGUAGAGUCCUCGGUCGUCGACGUUGUUGUUGUCGCCCUUUGUCAACAGCAGCUGCGUACCAGCCUUUGGUCU